UCUGAAGGGCAUGGAGGUUCCGGGGAGUUGCGCCGAGCUCCCGCUGCCCCACGACCUGAAGGAUCUGGAGAGCAAAGUAGGGCAGAAGCCCCCCGACGGGCUGCUCCGCUGGCUAAGGGAGGAUCCCGCCGCUCAUCUGCUCCGGAGCAGCCCCAGCCGGGGUCUGCGCCACGGCCUGGGAGAGAAGAUCAAGGCGCUGAAGCUGGAGCUGGCCUACCUGAGAGCGAUAGACAUCAAGAUCCUACACCAGCUUGUAGCAGUGCACGAGGGCAUAGAGGCGGUGAAGUGGCUCCUGGAGGAGAAAGGGAUGCUGACCAGCCGCUGCAGCAGCCUCACCAGCAGCCAGUACAGCCUGGUGGAGAGUCAGGAGACAUCCCGGCGGGGCAGCUGGAACAGCCUUCAAGACCCCAAUGAUAAGUUGGACAGCAUCUCCAUUGGCAGCUAUUUGGACACACUUGCUGAUGAUAUGGACGAGUAUGGGCAAAGCUCUUCCAUGGAACCCAUAAUGUCCUCCACCCCGGGCAGGCCACUGGCCAGAGCCGAGCUGGAAAGAUCCAAGACUGAUCUAGAUAGGGCUUUUCCUGCCAAGGGUGAGAAAGAGCCAGAGAAAAGCAAAACAUGCCUUGAGAGGGUCCCCGUUAAAAGCCAGAGUUCAAGUGAGCCAAACAGAACUGCUGGGCAGUCACCACCAAUGGCCAAUGGGAUUUUCGGCAGAAAUGUCCCAGGGCUGGAGCAAAGCACCGAGGUUAAGUUUCCUGUGGCAGCUGCUGAGCAGUUGAGCAGCCCAGUAGCAAAGGCCUUGAGGAGCAGCAAAGUUGACUUGGAGAACUGCAAGUUGAAUAGCAGGAGGCACUUGGAGUAUGAUGCCCAUUGGCAGUGGGUUCAGUCUCAAGACGAUGUGACGUUCUUGUAGCACCCCAGACUUGCUGCCUGGGCUAGCAGGUUAUGGGCUCAGGGCCUUGUGCAGCUACAAUAGUUUGCACUUUGGAUUGGACCAUCUGUUUUCCUUGCCAAAAUGGUUGCUUCUGUUUGCUGCAUUUGCUGGUGGACACAACAUAGAGUUGCAUGGUUCUUCCUUGUCAUCAACCCCCUCUAAGAACAGGUCUUGGGUUGAGUGAUACCUGUUGAAGGGGCUCUUGGCCUUCCAUCAUGGCAUCCUUCAAUCUUGUGCAAUAAUGUUUCUAGUCUCUGAGAGAGUUGUCAUGUGUGGCACAUCACUGCUUCCACGCAUCCAUGAGGUUUGGAGACACAUCUUCAUCUUAAGAGCAACGAGGCGCACAUACCUUGAUGCAACCCACGUGGCUUUCCUUGGGAGAACUCUGCCCCCUAUUCUUCCUGUUCAUGUUAACGGAGAGUUGUUCAUGGGUUUCAGAUGGGAAGCAGAGUCACGCCUUUGACACCACUUCCCCAUCUCAUCUGUUUCAUUAUUAUGCGCUUUGAUGGGGAGAUUAUCCCUCCUUUGCUCAAUAGUUCAGCAAAGUCCCAGGUUUAAGAAAGGAAUGGGGAAAACAAAUUCCAGUUUGCUUGCAGCACUCACCAUGAUGAGCAUUCCUCUCUGCUCUUCCUUGCCUCCACCUGAGCUGGAGCAGAGGAAAAUCGGUGAGGAGUUUGGGGGGGGGGCAGUAACCAUUCCUACAGUCCUGGUUUGCAUCAAAGGCACUUUGAGAAGGGCUAGAGCAGGAAUGGGGACACUCAGACUCAGGGGACAAGCGCAGCCCUCCAGACUUCUCUGUCUGGCCUGUAGGGAUCCCCUACAAGCUGCUUUCCCCCAGCUACACUCCUCUGUGGCCACAGCCCUCACCAGUCCUACUUUGCAUCUUCCUUGGGUGUUUUUGUCUGGACGGAAUGUGUCCUUGAACUCUGAAAAUGCUUCUUGGUUGCUUGGAUGGAGGAUAGAGGUGUGUGUGUUUGUGCCUACUCUGUACAAUGGUAACAUUUACAUUUAUUGUUCUGCCUACUUCUAACCCUGGCUCUUCCCUCCACUGAGAUGUGGCCCCCAGAAGUUUGUCUAGAAGUGCCUCUGUUGCACUGAAGGUGUUCCAAGUGUAGCAUGUCUCUGGGGAUUAUUUCCCUAUCCCCAGUUUCACGCUUUGAGGGAGUCCAAGUACCAUGGAGGUGCACAAACAAGCCCCAGAUCUCUUUCCAAGCUUGAAUUGGGGAUGGGGACGGGGGGCAGGAAUCAUGCUUGGCUGUGCACGGCUUUUCCAAAGUGUCUCAUGUGCCCCUGUUGCUAAAACAUGAUGUCGGAGACAGGACACUGCCUCUCUCUGGUGUUCACACAUUUUACAAGGCCAGCCUGGUACCCUUCAGAUGUUUCUGAACUAUAGCACCCAUCAUCCCUGACCCUUGCUACAUGCUGGCUUGAGCAAACAGGGUUGUUGCUGUGGAAACAUUUGAAGGGCACCAGAUUGGGGAAAGCUGAUCAAUGAAAAUCCUGGGGAGAAGAACUGAGGGUGUGCUCAAAUGUCCAGGAGCCAGCAUAUUUUCUGGUGUCAGCUCCGCAGAGGGACACAGACGCAGACAGAUAUACUUUUGUCACUAUCUUCAGGCUGAUAGGCAGGGACCUGCGUUUUCCCCCAACCCUAUGUGCUUUGAUUCUGGUGUGGAUUCAAAGAAGUUGACUAGCUUUUCUCCCAUACAGUUUACCCUGUAGUAAGAGGGAGAUGGAAUUACCUGAUGUUGUGGGGAUGUGAUAAAGCCAACUUUUGACUCCUGCUAAAGCAAAAAUCUAAUCCUCCUCUUUUUUUUAGAAAGGGAAUAAAGGAGCAGGCUGAAGUAGUUCCGGCUUUGUUUAAAUUAAUGGUACCUUUAACCCGCUUUGGGCUAAGACUGAAACAGGACCAAUUUUGGACUGUUUCUGAUGCAAAUCCUCCAGUCUCUUCCCUGUAAGGUUUGACAAUUCAUUUGCUAUUCCCUCCUCCCCGCUGCACCAUGCCCCACAUUGCUGCAAUUUUUGACCUUCCAGCAUUGUAGACAAUGUCAAAUUCAUAAAAGCGGGGUGAACAGGUGCUGUCAGUAAUGCCAGAUAUCUGUCAGCCUUACAUAAUUUUGCCUUGCUUCUGUUGAGCCACUGUGCACAUUCAUCCUGCAAGUUUCAAAACCAUUUGUUCACAGCACAGCAUGCUACAUUCUGAAUCCUCACAAUAUUUCCUUUGAAAUCCUUUAAAACAUGGUUUUGUAUUUGAGGAGCAUCCAUCUUCUUCCUAGAUUUUCUUUCAGAACUUUGCGUGCCAAAAUGACAUCGGCCAAUCUGGUCUUACCAUCUUUUCUGUGAAGGCUCACUUUAAAUUUUCCGUGUCUGUUAUGCUCAUCAUUCUUAAAGGCGCCAGUUCCUCAGCUGCAAUACAUCGUCCAGCACUCAGUUAUGCAUGCCGUGUGAUGAA